CUCCUGUAGGUGGCAGUAAUAAGCUGAAGUGUUUCAGAUGGAUUAGACGAAGAAGCAGUAAAGGAUUAUGGGUAACUGCUGGCGGUGCUACUGCACGUUGACAUUGGGGAUUGGGUUGCGUUGUGUGAGCAGGUUAAUUGAGAAGAGACCGGGACUUCAGGAUGGGUGGCUCAGUGUCCAGUCCUGCUGCCACUGUUAAAGCAGAGGCUCACGUUGGCAGCAGCGUGCCUCCACAGGGCUGUCCAAUGCACCAGGCACGCCAGGAAAGUUCUCCUCCAUCUGAGUGCCCCAUGCAUCAGGCUGAGUCUCAGACCGCAGUUCCUGCAGGACCAGUGCACCAGGAGAGGGCCUACGACUUUGUGGAGUGCCCCAUGAAAGCUGCUAAAGGAAUGUCUGACAUUGAUCCAGCAAACAUGAUGCCACCGCCAAACCAACAGCCAGCUUCUGACCAGCCUUUCCCCCUGCCGGUUAACAGAGACGAGUCCACAAUUCCCAGAUUCGGAACAGAUAAAAACUGGGUGUAUCCCUCAGAGCAGAUGUUUUGGAAUGCCAUGUUGAGAAAAGGGUGGCGUUGGAAGGAUGAAAGUCUUUCCCCAGAUGACAUGACAAAUAUCAUUAAAAUCCACAACCGCAACAAUGAACAGGCCUGGGAGGAGAUCCUGAAGUGGGAGGCACUGCAUGCUGGUGAAUGUCCAUGUGGCCCAUCUUUGAAACGGUUUGGUGGUAAAGCAAAGGAGUUUUCACCCAGAGCCAGGAUACGUCACUGGAUGGGAUAUGAACUACCCUUCGACCGACAUGACUGGAUUGUGGAUCGUUGUGGAAAAGAGGUCCGGUAUGUGAUUGACUAUUAUGAAGGAGACCUUGACAAAGGCACGUACCAGUUCUCUAUCUUGGAUGUUCGUCCUGCAGUUGACUCUCUUGAAGCAGUGUGGGACAGAGUAAAGGUGGCCUGGUGGAGAUGGACAUCUUAAACUCCGGAAAAGCUCACAUGGACAUUUCUCCUGAUGUAGAUGUAAAUAAAAAUUGAAUGUUGAAAUAGACAUGUAUGUAAAUGUAUUCUACACAGUGAAAGCAAUAUAAGGGAGUAACGUAGACUCAUACUGUAUAUGCAGCUAGCUGUGUUUUAGAGAUUUCAAUUCUGAUCAGUUGAAGUAUACCUUAUGAAAGGUUUUUUUUUUUUUUUUUUCUGGAAGUAUAAUUGAAGAUUAGGUGAUUUCCCCCUCCAAAUGUCCAAUUGAUUAUGCAAAAUGGUUGUUAUUAAAUCAUCUUUUAGGAAGUUGGUUUGAGGUUAAUGAACCUGAAUAAUAUUGAAAUGUACAAUUUGUUGAAAGAAAACAUUGUUUUGGGGAUUAUGAGUUAAACAAGUUGUGUGGAAGGGGGAUACCUUAAAAAGUCUGAUGCUGUUUUUAAAUUAGUUGCUAUAACUUGUCAAUUCUGGCAGGAUUUUUUUUUUUUCCUGUUUGUGCUGCUACAUUUUCUGCCUGUGGUUUUGGUAAUAUGUUUUUUGUUCUGGUGUGCCAUCUGGACCUUCUCAUUUCAUUUUCACCACUAGCUUGUUUUUACUAUGACCUCAAAAGCAUUCUUCUAUACCAAAUGCUGUUGAAUUGAUUUUAAAGCAAAGUUUAAAAAGUUAGUUAGUUUUUAAGGCUAAUGUAUUUAUUAAAAAUAAUGCUGUCCAUAUGAGUGUGGUUUUCUAGACCACUUUUAUUUCUGGAUUUUCCAAGACAAUUAAAAACGUAACUGGAUUACAAACAACUGUGUUUGGAAUGCUUAGAGACUGACUUCUUCAGAAAUUUCUCAAGAGGUUAGUUUUAAUGACUUCAUCUCAUCUUUUCGCUCUUUAUCGUGUCUGGUUAGUCUCUCAUUCUGAACAUCAUGAGUCAGUUGUAUCCAGCUGAUGCAAUUUGUUCAUGCAACCACUAGAUGGCUACAUUUGCACAUACUUGUCCCCCCUUUUUCAGACCUGUAGGUCACUUAAGGUACUUUAGAAUUUUCAACGUGUCAUAUUUUUAGUUUUUGACACACAUAGCUUACAAUGUAUGUGGCCAUUGAUGGGGCACAAAAAUAAAAGAAAAUGUAUCAAACUAGG